AGAGUGUAUCUGGCAUGUCCCCUGUACCUGAGCCAAUGCAGAGCAGAAAGGGAGAACCGGGGGGUAAUGAUGAGGAAGAGCUAAAUCCUCCCUCAGGCUUGGCACUAGGACAGGCAGUGUCAUCAAGUGAUGAUGAACAUGAUGCAAAUGACACAGAGAAUGAAACCCACAACGGAUAUAUUCCCUUACCUCAAUAUAAUGAUGUGGAUGAGGAGGAGAAUGAAGGUGAAAUUGAUUACUCUUCUCUCUCUGGUCUAAUGUCUGCUUUGGCCACACAUGGACCUAAUGUUGUGGAUGAUGCUGAGGAAGAGGAGAGCAGUGAUGUGAAACAUGAAGAAGUAGAAGGUGCAGUAGGUAUUGCUUCCAACAUUUCCACAAGCACAUCAACGCUGGCAGAAGAGGCUGAACAGCAAAGAAAAAAUGAAAUAGCUUUGGAGCAAGCCACAGUAUGGAACUCCCCAGCCCCUGAGCGGCUGAGUUUGGAUGGAAAUAAAGUAGAGGAAAUUAAGUCAGUGAUGGCCUCCUUCAGUCUUCCACAGUCUGCAAUUCCUCCCUGGGCCAAGGACCUAUCAGAAGAAGACUGGAAAAAUCAGGUUGCCUGCCUUAUAUCUAACAAAAAAGCCCUAUAAUUUUUAGUGUUAUGAAUACUCUUAAUGUUGAUAUAUUUAGGCCUUUGAAUUGGUCUGGAACAUUGUGAUAUUAAAGUGUUAAUCAGUUGUAUUACUGUUAUGCAAAUGUGAUUACACACACACACACACACACACACACACA